UGUGGUUGAUGUAAUAAAUAAAAUCAAAAAACAGUUACAAAAUGAAUUAAAAAUGUUGGAAUACUUAAUAGUAUUACUGAUCGGGUUCUGGCUGGGAGUUGCCAUAUUCCUGUAUGUCUCCUGCUAUUGGAUUGAAGAGAUUUUAGAUUUACCGCAAACCCAGCAUGGUUCGAACGCCGACUACAUCAGCAGCGGGGCGAGCGGUGCGCACGCGCAGCUCAAGCGGCUCGUUGCCAGAGUCGUGGAAGAGGCUGCAGCGUUACCGGCGCUGGCGCGGUACGCCGCCGCGCCCUCGCCCACGCCCACGCCUACGCCCAACAUACACUCCACGUAUGAGGAUCUGCUUGCUACUGCUAUACUGAAUAAGGUUAUCGAACGUUACCAGACAGAGAGCGGGUCCGGGGGCUCCGGAGGUCGCAGUAGUGGCAUCCACUCCGCCAGCGCCAGCCCCUCGCCUUCCGAACGCUCAGAGCGCUCUGACCCGCGCUCGCUGAACUCCAGAAACGCAAGAGAUAUCAGUCCACCGCUUCGCGAAGAGGAGGACGUAUCAGACUGGGAGGAAGGUGACGCGACUGAAGAAGCUGAGGCGUUGCCGCGGCGCGUGCCUUUCCCAGAGUUCGGAGGAGACAUUGUGCAUAAUGAUAACGAAGAUCAUGACUUCGACGAAAUAUCAAGUAGUGACAUACAGGCCGUCGAUGGAUCUUGGGAAGAGAACUGGCUGUUUCAAAAGAAAAAAAUUAAAACAAUACAAUCUGUACCAGUACCGAUGCUGGUUCCUAACUCUAAUGCGGACUACCGAGCGCUGAUCGGCGAUAGAGACGCCGAGGAUACGACUGAUCUGUCGGACAAUGCGAGCGACGCAGAAGAACAAGCAACAGACUACAAGAGCGAUGUAAAAAAAGUUUUAGACUCAAAACAUAUUAUUGGAGGAAAAGCAAAAGUACCAGAGGUUCACACGGAUGAUUUUGAAGCAGACAGUCUUGAUAAUAUGAUUUUUAUUGGAACAGACGACAACGAGAAGUAUAACGACACAAUAGCACAGAAAUUAAUUCCAAGUGUAGAAGGAAAUAAAAUCGACAUCGACAAUAAAGAAAACAUGAAUCGUGUAAACAAUAAUGAGGAGAACAUUGAUUCCAUUUUAUUACUUGACGUGGAAAGCGGACCGCCGCUUAAAGCGGAAUUUAAUUUAAACGAAGAAAUUCAUAGAUCCAUUUUUAACGACACACAAACUAAUUUAUUGGUAGAUCUGGAUGAAUCACAAAAUAUGGAAGCAGAUAGUUUAGAUGUCGUUGAUCAUGGCCCUAAUUCAAAAAUCUUUACAGAUACUACAGCAACAAACACUUUAAGACGUCACGAGCGUGUAGGUGAAUAUGAAGAGACGGUGGCGGUGCCCGUGCAGAGGUACGCCGACAGUCUGCGCAGGCAACAUACUGACGAUGAUACUAAGCGACACACAAUCAUAGAUGAUAAUGAUGAUUUAAUACCAGGUUCCAUUGCAUACAGAGAACGCCAGAAAUGGUUAAACUAUGUUGAAAUGCCAAACAAUCCGUAUUCACCGGAAGCUAUACAAAAAAGAUUAACUGCCAAAAGUACUUCAUCAUUAUUCGAUUCAUUUACUUGUAAAGACAAAGAAUUUAAAACAGAAGAUACCGAAGUCGAUUCAGUUAAUCCAGUGAAUGAGAACGAAGCUAAUAUCGAAGAAAUAAAGCAAAAUGGUACAGUCAACGAGGACGUCACUAAUAAAAUCCAUUCGCUAAGUUUAAAUGCAUGUCAUGAAAAUGAAUUUGAUUCUCCUAAUGGCAAAAUCAGAAGUCCAACACAUAAAAGCUUGAAACGUGUACUAUCAGAAGAAAUUCCUCAAUACAAACGAUAUGGCAGAGAUUACUAUAUAAAAGACGCUAAAACUUCGUCUGGUGCGCGCAAGACAAACAGUUUGUGUAACAGCGACGCAAGCUCCAUAUCAUCAAUGCAUAAAUCUACCAGUUUAGAUAAUUUCGAUACAGAGUUCGCUUCGCCUGUAAGUGCCAGCAGUUCGUUGAGCGACCUCGAGGCGUCCGCCCUUCAUCACAACAUCGUCCGAGCAUUUCUCAGCCCCAGAAACGCCAGUCCCAACUUUGCUAUAAACCCCAUAUUCGAAAACCCCGACAGACCGAGUGAUGAUGACGAGAAUCACAUGACAGACCAUUACGUCACCCGGAACGGACUAUUGAUACAACAGUUCACAACAAUCGCCACAAAUCAACAUUACACGAAAUUCGCUGCUAAAGAUGAAAUGCAAAUAUCAGUAACGACGAUGCCGAACAAUAAUGAUCAAAUAUUGAUAGAAUACGAGGACGCAAACGAGCACACGCUGUUCGUCGCAAAACCUGCAAUGGCCGAUGACACUGAUAGUAAGUUUGAUGAAAUUCUACAAUCUGCGUACAAUCCAGACACCGCACCUUUAACUAUAGAAAUAAUUAAUGAAGACGAUAUAUCAGAGAAGUCACCGGAAAAUCUCAUAAUUGAAAACUCAUUUAUUAGCACUAGUAGUUUAGAAGAUUCUAUUAAAAUAUACAACGUGCAGACUGGGGAGAUUGUUAAAUGUAAGCCCGAUGAUAACGUAUCGCCGAGAUACGAAGAAACGGUUGACAACAAUGAAAACGUUGAAAUAUUUGAUAAGAAUCUCUCUGAGGAAAUGAACGACAGCCUCAGUACGAAUGUUGAUACGUGCGAGGAAACAAACACAACUAUUACUAACGUAGAAAGAGAAGAGAGUUUGAACAAAAUCAGUGAUAUAGAGGAAAUCCUGUCGCAACUUCCUAACGUAAAGGAGUUAGCUAAGAAAUUUGUCAGCAUGGAGAACUUAAACGAACCAACCAAGCCUCCACAACAGCCUGUACGACGCAGAAAGAGCAAAGACAACCUACUUAACUUCGAAGACAAAACUGACAAACAACCAAACAAACUAAUGUAUAUGCACAGUCUCACAGCUAGAAGCAUAUCAAAAGAAUUUCGCGAAGAACUGAAAAUGUCUCUAGCAACACCACUCACUGUUCCCGGAGGUUCUAAAGCCAUUCCCGAAGGGACAGAGGAGGUGUCCAAGGAAUCUAGUAGACCGGGUAGUCCAGUCCCCGAACCCGGCACUAUAAAAACUAAAUUAGCGUUCUUCGAAAGUUUAAAAUCUAAAUUGAGCAAAUAAAUUGAGGUAUUUUUUAGUCUUAAUUGUGAUAUUAAAAGAUAAAAUAUUCUAUUUUCUAAUUUUAAAUUCGAAUGACAAAAUAUUUAUUCAACUCUGAUAUUAAUAUCGUUUUCGUAACCAGCUUCAGGCAUCGUCGCUUCCUUGAGUGCUAUCACAAACUUAGUGCUAAUGUUUAAAACAAUAUCAUACUACACUUGGUUUACUGUUUGUAAACCAAUUUCGUAGAUACAUCAGUCAUCAUGUCACAAAACUACAAACUGAACGAUAAUAAACGAACAUUUUAUUUUUUAAUGUUGGCAACACU